AAUACUCGCUAAAACAAAUGCAUUGGCAUAUGCCUUCAGAAAAUAUAAUUAAUGGUCAUCGAUUUGAUUUAGAGGUUCAUUUGCUUCACCAACAAACUACUGGCCAUAAAAUGGCUAUGAUAAGCAACUUAUUCAAAGUCGGUGAUCCAGAUCCAUUCUUCACCAAGGUUGAGAGGCAUAUUUCCACAAUAAAAAAGAAUAUUGGUGCAAAAGUGGACAUUGGAAUCAUUGAUCCUAAGAAGGUAAGUAGAAUGACUAAAAAAUACUAUAGAUUGAUGGGAUCUAUAACUAUUCCACCAUGCACUGAAGAUGUCACAUGGACUAUCAAUAAAAAGAUAAGCACUAUAUCAACAAAGCAGCUGAAUUUAUUAAAAGAAGCUACUAUAGAUGAUUAUGCAACGAAUGGAAGACCG